AUGAGUGUUGUUGUUAUUGUUUGGAUUUCUCAUUUUAUUCUUCAGGGUAUCGUAGCCUUUUACGAUUACCUGGAUUCAAAUGCGAUCAGCGGUGAUUCCCCAAACUGGCAGGCGUACCUGAUUAAACGGCAUUACCUUGUUUGGCUCAGAGAUCACUCGACUCACUGGCGAGCUACCUGCCAAUACAACACAGACGGCACGGUAUAUACGGAUUACCUGCGAGCCUCACUUGAAGACUUCGACAUCGUCAGAGUCACACCCACGGUCGCAGAAAGCUGUCAAACGUACGAGCUUGUCAACAUCCGGGGAAAUGAAUGCGCGAAUUGCACGGCAGCGACUUGGUAUCUAAAAAAUGUUUUUCCUCUACACAUGGAUAGUUCUUUUAGGCUUGGCUGCGAAUUCGACGGAAGUGAGACCGGUGAUGGAGUAGGAAGCGAGGACAAUUUUGGACGCUAUAUGGUUGUAAAUCCAAAAUUCCGUUGCUCUUCGACCUCAGAUGCAACCACCCAGUUUUGGAUCGGAGGAGUGUGA